CUUAGACUGGUAAACAUAAAAUUGGUACAUCCGGUCGAAGGACGCCAUGUUUGCUAUUAACGGUGAAAAGUCAUGAAAAUGGAAAAAGGAAAAUAAGCAAUUAUAAACUUAAUACAAACCUGACAUGAAUCCACACAUACAAGGGCUGAUGCCCAUGAUGAUGCCCCAACAGAUUGGGGGCCAGCAGUACAUGAUGGCAGUGAGAUUCCCUGGGGCAGGAACCAUCCCACAACAAGGUCAACAGCUCUUAGGACAUGCAGGAGCCAUGCAUAGUCUUCAAGGAUUACAAGCCUUGCAAGCAUUGCCUGGUCAGCCACAGAUGAUACCAGCACACUUGGCAGCAGCUGGCGGUCACGCCCCCUCACCCCAGACCCUGGGGGCCAUGCAGUCACAAACCCCCAUGACAUCGGCCAUGGUGUCCUCUUCUAUGUCGCCUGUGUCAGUGUCACAGACCUUGAUGUCCAUGGCAGCGUCGUUACCCAGUCAUCAUCUGGUCUCCGCGGGGGCUGGUCAGUAUGCCGGGCAGUAUGCUAGUCAAUACCCAGGUCAGUAUGCAGGCAUCCCAACCAGCAUGUUUGCCGCCCAGUACGGUAUACCCGGCCUCCAGGCCCUGCCAGCAGGCAUGUCUCUAGCAGGUGGUGGCAUGGCCGGCCUCAUGUCCGCUGCAAGUCCCAUCAGUGCAGGUCAGAUGGCGCUCACUGGCGGGCAUUAUCAGGCACUCGGAGAGUGGCCCCAUUCUGCUGCAGGCGCCCAAGUGGCAGCAAUGGGCGGGACCCAGGCCCAGCUUGCACAGGCCGGGCUUUCUCAGAGUGCGUACAGUCAGCAGGUGGCAAACCUUGCCAACGCCCAACUGGCUGGCCUGCAAGCCCAACAGGUCACGACCGGACUACCCGCCCACUUGAGCCAGUACAGUCAGCAACUGCAGGCAGCCGGAUUUGCGGGGUUCCAGAUGGCUCUGCCCCCGGGAAUGGCCCUACCCCAGCAGGCGACGCCCCCUCCCCAGUCCCCCACCCCUGAGAGCAAGAAGAAGAUGCAGCAGGAGUUGGCUUUGCAGAGUUUACAGAGCUUGCAGGGGUUGCAAGGAAUGCAAGGCUUAAUUGCUGCAGGGUAUGGUGCCUAUGGAGUGGAGCAGCUAGAGGAUGAUAUCACUGGAGAAGACAGUGUCGUCAUGCUGGACGACUAUAACUCUGAUCUCAAUCUGGUCAUUGACGAAAACGGGUAUGAUGCCCAGCCACUGGUGAACCCCCCUGGCUUCUGCUUCUGCUGGUCUGGUGUGCGCUGUACCCACGGAAUCAUGCGUGGAAAGGCCUACUAUGAGUGCAAGUUGACAGAGGCCUUGGAGGUGGACUUUGGUGACGACCACCAGGAAGAGGACCCACACAUCAUACGAGUGGGCUGGUCUAUGGACUACACUUCAUUUCAACUUGGUGAAGAACCAGACUCCUUUGGCUAUGGCGGUACAGGCAAGUUUUCUACCAACUGUAAGUUUGUGAACUACGGAGAGAAGUUUGGCAUCGGUGAUGUGAUUGGCUGUCUUCUGGACCUGGAAUCAAAUCCGCCCAACAUGUCUUACGCAAAGAACGGGCGAUGGUUGGGUGUAGCCCACCCAUUGCGCAACUUCCAGGUGGGCAAGAAGGAGCAGGCCUUGUUUCCACACAUCCUCACCAAAAAUAUACGGUUUGAGGUGAACUUUGGUCAGCAGGCCCCAUGGUUCCCCCCUGCCCCUGGCUUCCUGUACAUCAUGCAGUUUCCCCAGCAGGAGAGAGUGCGAGGUCUGAAACCACCAGCCUCCAAGUCGGCUUGCGAGAUGAUCAUGAUAAUCGGAUUGCCUGGCUCAGGGAAGACCACUUGGGGCAUAAACAAAGCGAAGCAGAAUCCUGACAAGCGAUUCAACAUCAUUGGUACUGACACGCUAAUAGAUAAGAUGAAGGUGAUGGGCUUGCCCAGGAAGAACAACUACCAUGGCCGAUGGGAUGUGCUGAUCGACAAGGCAUCAAAGUGCUUGAACAAGCUAUUUGAAAUCGCCAGCAAGAAGAAGCGCAACUUCAUCCUGGAUCAGACGAAUGUGUACCCGUCUGCUCGACGCAGGAAGAUGAGGAAUUUCAAGGGUUUCAUCCGAAAGGCAGCCAUCUUGGUCCCAGACGAUUCAGAGCUGAAGAGAAGAUCAGACAAAAGAACAUAUGAAGACGGUAAAUACGUUCCAGAGGAAGCUGUUCUGGACAUGAAGGCUAACUUCAAACUCCCACCUGAGAAUGACGAAAACUUCGAGUACAUUGAAUUUGAGGAGCUACCCAGAGAAAAGGCAACGAUAUUGGUUGAACAAUACAAUCAAGAAGGCCAGAGUAAGCGCCCACAGGCCGUGAAGGGUGGCAGUUUCCGUGGCAGCCAGACUGAUAACCGUUUCAAACCGCCCUCUGACAUGAAGCAGCCCCCAUUGCCUCCUGCAGGGACCUUGCCAGGUUCCCAGGGAGCUCAAGGUCAGAGGGUUGCCCCACCCCCGCCGCCCCCAGGUCAGUACGGCGGGGCCCAUAGGGAUAGGGGCGGCGAGCCCCCGGAGAAAAGGGGUAGGUAUGACCCAAGCGGUGGAAGCGCCCUAGACUUCAUUAAGCAGGAAUAUGGCACCAGUGAGGCAGAGGCACAAGAGCAGUUUGAUAGAAAGGCUGAGGCUGCGUUGUUUCAGUCAGCAUUUGGUGCAGACCAGUUCCAGGGAUUGCGCCACGCGCACGCCGUGACCCAGGCUCAGCUGCAGGCAGAGCAGUUUGCAGGGCGAGGUCUGAUAGCUGUGGGUGCACAGCAUAUUCUGGGUCAGUUGCAGCCGGGCCAGGGAUUACUGGGCGAGUAUGGCAGCCAUCAGAACGAGCAGCUCGCCGCCAUCGCAUACGGGGCCCAGACGGCUUUUGUGGGUGGGUUUAAUCCUCAGCUUCCGCAAGGUUUAAUUAAGCAAGAAGUUGUAGAAAAGGUGCAUGGUGGCCCACCUCAGUUGCAGAUUCAUUUGAGACCCCAGGGUCAAUUAACGGUUAUCGAUCCCGGUAGAAGGCAGGUAGCCCCAGAAAUAAGGCCACAGUUGAUCCGCCCCCUUGGCAAUGUGAAUUUGGGUCAAGGUCAUGUGAAUUUGGGUCAAGGUAGAAAUCCCUCUCCAAAUGUUAGAUUGAAUCCCCCUCCACGAAAUGCAACUCCUCCAGUGUCUAGGCCUAGUCAGAAUCAGUCAAACUCGUUUCAGAACGAGAAUCAGUCUAAUGUCAAUAGGAACUUCCAAGGUCAAGGUCAACAGAAUAUGGGAAGAGGCAACCAAAAUGAACAAAAUCACCAUCAAGGUGGCAAUAAAAACUAUGAAAAUCAGCAGAACUCUAAUUAUGAUGAUAACAAAGGUAAGAGGGAAAGGAAGCGACCAUCUAAAUGGGACAAUCCUGAAGAGAAAGAUGAUGCACAAGACAGUGGUGGGGAAGAUUUCCAAAAUGCGCUCAUUAAUUUAAGAACAAAACUUGCCAGUCAAGAUUCUUCAGAGCAGAAUCAGAAUCAAGGCCCGCAAAAUAAUGGUCCUCAGAAUAACGGUCCCCAGGGGGGAAAUCAAGGUCCCCAAGGAGGGAAUCAAUGUCCCCAAGGGGGGAAUCAAGGUCCCCAAGGGGGAAAUCAAGGUCCUCAAGGGGGAAAUCAAGGUCCCCAGUCUCAUGGUCCAAAGCAUCCUCAAAAUGAAGGUGGCCAUCCCGGUGGUGCCAACAUGAAUGGUCCUCCCAAGGGUGGCCCAGGCAUGCCUGGUAUGAUGGGACCCGGACCUGGGGGGCAAGGGCCAGCCCCUAGGGGACCACCUGGUCCUGGCGGCCCCAGAGGUAUGAACCCAGGAGGUGGGGGUGGGCCUAGAGGACCCCCUGGUCCAGGGCCAAAUUUCAGCGGUCCACCGUUUGGUCAGCCUGGGCCCCCUAGGGGCCCACGCGGGCCAGGAAUGGAUGGGCCACCACCGCCAUUUGGACCUGGCCCCAGGGGUAGGGGCGGCUUCAACGAGCGAGGUCCCCCACCCCCUGGUAACAGGGGACCCCCACCACGGAUGUUCGGUCCCAGAGGGGACGGAGAUGGUCCUGGACCCAGAGGUCCACCAGGGGGAGGCGGUCCGGGCUGGCAGCCCAGGCCUGGUGGUCCCCCUGGUCCAGGCGGUCCCCCUCGUGGGUUCAACCCACGCAUGGGAGGGCCACCGGGACCUGGUGGACCCAGGGGACCAUUCCCUCCUGGCCCCCCAGGGAGGUUUAAUAGGCCACCACCACCUGGCGCCAUGGGCAACCAACGGUGGCAGCGGCCUCCACACUAAAAUGGAAAAAUAUUUUUUCCUGUUUGUGCUUCGCAUAUUUAUUAGUGAAAAUGUACUAGAGACUUAAAAUGGAUUUAGUCUUUUAAAUAUGAUUUUAUUUUGUACAGCUGUAAUCCAUCAUGAAUUGUCAAUCAGAUACAAGUUUUUUGUAACUUGUGUAUUUGUGUAUUUCAUGCGAUUUCAGUGAAUUUAACUUUCAUCAAUUUAUCAUCACAAUUCGGUAAGAUGUCACAAUAUUCUUGUUUAACAGAGAGAUAGACUUGCAUUUGUAAUUUAUGUUUUAAACUAUACAUACUUGCUGUACUGAUGUAUUGGGAGCCGUUUAAACUUAUGUUGUGGUAAAUGACAUCUUUCAUAAUGCAUUUUUUAUGCCCCCGGAUCGAAUGAACGGGGGUAUAUUGUGUUUGGCUUGUCUGUCAUUCUGUCCCAAAACUUUAACCUUGGUCAUAACUGUUGCAAUAUUGAAGAUAGCAACUUGAUAUUUGGCAUGCAUGUGUAUCUCAUGGAGCUGCACAUUUUGAGUGGUGGAAGAUCAAGGUCAUCCUUCAAGGUCAAAGGUCAAAUAUAUGGCUACAAAGUGGCGCAGUAGGGGGCAUUGUGUUUCUGACAAACACAUCUCUUUUCCUUUUUUUUUUAAGUAAAUAAGGAAUACAUUGUGAAUAUAUGUUUGCAUCUCAAAUUUGAUUGCUGUCAAUGUACAACACAGAAAAUAGUUUUUAAAAAUAAAAUAUGAAGACUGUGUGUGUGAUGUUUUAAUCAGAUUUGAUUUUAUUAACUGCCAAGUACAGAUCACAGCUAUUAAAUUCAAGUGACGCUUCCUAUUAUUGUUAAAUAUUUGACAUGUUUUGAGAACUAAGUUUUAGAAACAAAAAUUGGAUUCAUUAAUAUGCACCGCAAUUGCUAAAAUUUAGAACCAUGUCAUGUGUGGUAAUGUUUUUCUCAAUAAUAUAUUAAUUAGUUUAUUGUGUAACAUCUAGGUACCUUCAUAAUUGUUAAUCAUUCUGACAACAAUGUAAUAUUUAAUGUUUUUUUGUAUUUUAUGCAUCUUCAUAUACCUUUGUAUGAAAUGUAAGUUCACUGUGAACCCAACUUCAUGUUUGUAAAUUCAUGGUGAACCAGACUUCAUGUUUGUUAACUCACAGUGAACCCUACUUCAUGUUUUCAUUACUUGGUGAUCACCAUGCAGUGGUGCAUUCAUACUUACAUUGAAGGGUGCAUUUGUGUAGGUUAUUUUCCUGUUCUUUUAAUAAAAUCGUGAGAAAGCUCAGAAA